AUGAGUUCUGGCUUUUUGCAUGUCAGAGACUUGCAGAGAACGAUUGUAUACGUUAGCAGGAACCCUAAAGAUACGGCAGUUUCCUUAUAUCACUUCACCAAGGGGUUUGACUUAUCGCCAUUCGGAGUUCACAACGACUUCGCUAACAGCACCUUUCCUGAGUUUUACAAGUACUAUAUGCAGGGAAAAUGUAAUUACGGAGAAUAUUGGCAGCAUCAAGUAGAUUUCUGGGAACGCAGGCACUGGGAAAACAUUUUUUUCGUUAAAUACGAAGACAUGAAAAAGGAUCUAAAAGGCGAAGUCAGACGUGUCGCAAACUUCCUUGGCAAGAUUUUGAGCGAGGAGAAGAUUGACAAGAUAGUCGAAGCUACGACAUUUAGCAGCAUGAAGAGGAACAACACGGUUAACUACACUGGUAUGAAAGCAGCCAGAACGCAGGAUGCGACACCAUUCAUGCGGAAAGGUGUCGCCGGCGGAAGUGACCUGGAAGAACUACCUUCACUGUAGAGUGAGCGACAACAUGG